AUGUCGGACGGGGAGGUGUACGCCACCAUGCUGCGCCGCGUGCGCAGCGCACUCCGCAGGGGCGCCGUGCCGGCCGCUCACGUGGUCACAGUGGGAGCAGCCAGGGCCGGAGCCGCCAACCGCAGCCGCCCAGCGCUGCAGCUGCAGCGGGUGGAGGCCGACGACGAGCGCGGCCGCGGCGGCGAAGCUGUGGGCACGAGGCGCACGCAGGUGCCCUCACACUGGACGGGUAUUUUCGUUCACCGUGCGAUGUCUGCCGAGGAGGCCGCGCCGCGGUUCGCUUCGAGAUUCUUCGACCUGGUCUUCCUCGACGGCGACCACAGCGCAGAGGGGGUGCGCCGGGACUUGGCCGCCUGGGCGCCGCGCACAAGAGGAGUGCUGGCCGGCCACGACUAUAACCCUGCUGGCUAUCCAGGGUUGCUUAAGGCGCUGUACGCGUGGAAGGACGCGGACACUGAAUUUCGCCACCCGCUUAUUGUGGACGCGGACUACACAUGGUGGACUGUGCGAGGAGGGUGA